UUUGUGGAUAAGACUGGACACCUUUGCAUUAAGAUUAUCACAAUGGAGCCAAAAUGCAAUUGUCCAAACUGCAUAUCUGAUCAAAAUAUAUGGUCUUACAGUAUUUAUUUAUGUUUGUUAGUGGUUUUUACAGAAAUCGCACAGAUGAGCUUUUCAGUUUGCCACUUCCGCAGGAUGAAACUGUGGCUUUACAGUUCAUAGCCACGCUCUUUGCACCAAAUCCUCCCUCACUGCGUCCUUGCUGGCGCCAUCUUCCCGAGUGUGCGCCAUUUUAAACCCAGGACGCCUUCCUGUCCAAGCAAGCCCGACAAUACUCUCACAGUAACUCCACACCUCACAGAAAAUCCUCCAUUACUCAGCUGUGUGCUAAUGAGCUAACAUGUCAAACACUUCACAAAACACCACAUUAUUUACUUUAUUAGAGGACGUGUGUUCAGUCAAUUAGAAACUACAAUGCAGUCCACAACUACAAUCAGGAGAAUUAUACAUACUAAUUUAUAAUAUUUGACUAUUGGUGGUCUAUUUUUGACGUGCAAGCCUCCAUUGUUGCAAAACUAAUGUGCCUUUCUGAGAGAAGGAGCACAGCCAAUCAGCGUGUCGCGUUGAAGCAGGAUGUGACGUUGGCAGAGACGCCACCGUCGGUCGGUGUUCCUGAAAACGGAAAACCCUCACGAUGUCUCGUCGGUGACGUGCCGGCCAUGCUUGUUUGUUCUUGUUUAUCAUAAAGAGGUCGCUUGGUAAAUACGCGUUUGAGGUAAAAUGGACGAAGCGGAUUUGUUUAUGGAGUGUGAGGAGGAGGAGCUGGAGCCAUGGCAACAGAUGAAUCAGGAUGAGCCACAUGAUUCACCUGACACUGCUGAAAGAGCUGUAACGCCAUCUGUGUCCAAGCCAGUUGUGGUUUCCAGUAUUUCCCCAGCCAGCACUAAUGUGAAUACUGUCCCACUGCUCACUAAUCCAUUGCCAACAGCUUUACCUGCAGGCAUCUCUAAAGGUACCCCAGGGCAGCAGUUGAUCUUGACCCAAGGUGCUGGAGGAUUGACACCUGUGGCUUUGUCCCAGGUGAUUCUGCCUGGCACCUCACCUGGUGCUAGUGCUGGUAGCAGCCAGCCCAUCUACCUGACCACACAGGGUAUCCCUGUCCAGAAUAUCCAGUCAGGCCAAAGCCCACUGAGCAUUGUGUUAAAUGUCCAGCAAGGACAAACAGUUCGGCCCAUUACUCUGGUCCAAGCACCUGGUACACCUGGACUUUUUAAGCCAGCAGUGGGAACAACUCAGAUAAUUACCCCACAAGCUCAGAUGAGGCCUACAACUCCAGUAGUGAACCGGGGACAGGCACCAGGCUCCUUCACUACCAUGCAGAUUCCUGCCACCCUCACCAUCCGAAACACGGCGCCAGCCAGCCAGCCCAGAGCAAUGUCUGUCCCAAGUUCCCAGCCUUCUACUCAACCAAAGCCACUGCCCAUUAACACCCAGACUAAAAUUGUGACUGUCAAACCAAGAGGCAGCAACUUGGACAUGCAGAACCUGAUGAACAUCGUGAACUCCGUCAAUAUUCCUACUGGGAGUCAGCCUCAGACCAUUGUUGUCAUGAGCAAUCAGAAGGCUAAUGGCUCUGGUUCUGCUGCUGUCCAGACAGCUCUUCCUGUAGCUCAGAGCAACAUUGUGCAAGGUACUUCUGUAUCACCUUUAUCCUACGCUUGUCCACGAUGUGGAGCCCGGUUCAAAAUGGUAGAGGCACUCCGGGGACAUAUGUGUUUCUGCUGUCCAGACAUGACUCAUACAAGUGUAAAGAGUGAAGUGCCCACACAUUUAGAACAAAAUCAGAGCAGCUCCCUCAUGAAAAUAAAGACUGAAUGCAUGAUGAGUCCAGGAGAACAUCAGUCCAGGAUUGUCAUGUUGGUGGAUGACUUCUAUUACGGAACCUACGAGGGAAAUCGAGAAUAUGUCCCCACAGACAACUUAAAAGAGGCUUUAUCAUUCAGAUGCUUCACCUGUGGCAAGAAGCAGAAGAACAAUAUCAGGCUUAUGAACCACAUGAAGUUCCAUGUAGAUGUAGAACAGCAGAGUGGAGAACACACAACCUGCCCGCACUGUUAUCGCCAGUUUCCCACUCCAUUUCGCCUUCAGUGUCACGUGGAGAGCGUCCAUUGCACUUCAGAAUCAACUACCAGGUGUAAAAUCUGUGAGUGGGCCUUUGAGAGCGAGCCUGUUUUCCUGCAGCACAUGAAGAACACGCACAAACCUGGAGAAAUGCCAUAUGUCUGUCAGCUGUGCCAGUAUCGCUCUUCAUUCUACUCUGAUGUGCACAAUCACUUCUGCACAUGGCAUGAGGACACACGCUACCUGCUCUGCAUUUACUGUCUGAAGGUCUUUAAGAACUCCGGCACAUACCAGCAGCACUUCGCCCGCCAUCAGGUAAAUAAAUCAUCGGUUUACCAUUGUAACAAAUGCAGACUUCAAUUUCUCUUCACAAAAGAGAAGGUUGACCAUAAAGUCAAUCACCACAAGACCUUCCGCAAGCCAACUCCACUGGAAGGGCUGCAGGCUGGGACUAAAGUGACCAUUAGAGCGUAUGCAGGGCACAAAAAAUCUACAAGUCUAACGGGUCCUAAGACAAGUAAAGACACUGAGAGGCACAUAAGCACUUCCCAGCCUGGUCAAGCUACUACUGAGCAGAAGCCGCUGGUACCACAAAGCAGUGGAACUGCUAAAAAGCAGAUCACCAAAAUGUAUGGCUUCCUGACCAAGUUCCAGGAGUACAGAGCACUGUUAGGGAGACAAAGGUGUGUGGAGUGCACCUUUGACAUCCCUGAUUUUGCCAAUCACUAUCCUACAUAUGUCCACUGCUCAUUGUGCACAUACAGCACAUGCUGUUCCCGUGCAUAUGCCAACCACAUGAUCAACAAUCAUGUUUCAAGCAGAACACAUAAAGCUCGUUCUAAAAAGGGAUCUUUGAGUUGGUUAAAGCUAACAUGUGUUUGGUGUAACUACAAGACUACUCAGGGAGACAUGAUGGCCAAACACUUGGCCCAGUUCCCAACCCACUCUCGCUGUGUUUUCAGUCUAAAAGAGUGUCUGGAGACUGAUAUUGAGUUCUGCCAGGUGGAGGAGGAGGAGGAGGAAGUGGAAGGAGCUAAUGAUGUUGAGGCAAAGCCUGACUGGUUGUCCAUGGAGAACUGGAGCAUUCCAAGUGGUGGAGGAUCUGUGCCAGAGUUCACAGACUGCAGUGGGCCACAGCAUUCAAUGGCUAAAAGCAGUGAUGUCCUUGAGUACUUCCAGCUACUAUUCCCCGACAGCCUCAUAGAGCAGAUUGCUAAGGAGACCAAUGCUUAUGCUGAUUAUCAGCGCUAUGUAGGCAGAGGGGACCCCACUUGGCAAUCUCUUACCAGUGAAGAGGUCAGAGGCUUCAUAGGCCUGUCCAUUCUGAUGGGACUGCAAGUUCUUCCAGAGCCAGAGAUGUAUUGGUCCUGGGAGCAUUAUCAUAGCUGUUCCACAUUCUACAGGACCAUGUCUGCAGCACGCUUCAAGCAGAUCAGCCUGCAUAUUCGGAUGAACAGCAUGCUUGCAAAGGAAGACCACCAGAAUGUGGACAAGCUGUCUUUCUUCCAGCCCAUGUUGAAAAUCCUGGAGACUAGCAUGCGCAAAGCUUACAAGCCAAACAAAUGUUUGACUAUUGAUCGAACUUUACUGAGGUCCCAUGAGAAUGCGGCUGAUGGGGAGAAGUGUAGAAGCUCUCAACCACAAAUAUGGCUCUUAUGUGAUUCAAAGUCAGGGUACUGUCAUAAAUUGUUAAUCCUGACAAAACAGAAAAAGAACAGAGACUUGGGGAGUUUGGUUGUGCCAUAUCUUGUAAAGGGCCUUGAAGGCAGACAUCAUCAGAUAUUCAUGUCAAGCCUGCUAACAAGUAUUCCCUUAAUGAAGGAGUUACACAAAAAGAACAUAUACUGCUCCAGCUCCAGCUCCAUAUGUGGUACAGUCCUCCCUAGAGACUUCUGGGAUCAGCCUGCAUUGAAGAACACUGGGGACUAUGUUCAAUUUGAGCACCCCCCUGUGCUGGUAACCAGAUGGAAGGAUGCAAAAGAAAUGGUCUGCAUUUCUACAAAUGCUGUGGCAGGCCAGCCAGACAAAGUGUGGAGGAGGUCGACCAGUAAGGCAGGGGAACUCUCCACCAUUUCAAGACCACUGGCUUUCAAGCUGCUGCAAGAUAACAUGCGUGGUGUGGACAUCUGCAGUCAGCUCCUGGCCUGCAACCAGCUAGGAGGAUUGGUCCUGGACACAAACUGGCGACGUCUCUUCUGGUUCCUUGUCAACUUGAGCAUCAUUAACUCCUUUAUUGUACUACGAGAGACUCGGAAAGGCAACCCACCCGGAUGGCUUCAAGGAGGCCACUUCUCUCAGGCUAACUACCGAAAACGGUUGGGAUACCAGCUGGCCAAGUGUGCUGAAAGACAAGCUCUUCAGAAGGAAAUGAACAGUGACCAGUUGCAUCAGCGGAGACGUGAGGGUAAUCCUAAAAUUGGGUUUGUGGAGCCUAAGAGGCAACAUACUCGGCCGGUCAAGGACACCACUACUCCUAAAAACUUUCCCCGUGGCUCAGCAAUGGAGGAUUCCUCUGGGAUGACUGAAGACAUUGAUCAGGAAUUGGCCCCUCUGGGGUCAUCAGAUUCAGAAUUGGAGACAGAUGACAGUAGUCAGCAAGAGCCCCUUGAGAUCGGAGAUGAACACAAAGGCAAGGAGUCUGCAGCAAAGCCUAAUUCUCCAAAGCCUAUCAAAGAAACUGAGGAUAUGCUGUCUGUGCGUCAGCUCCGAAUUCUACUGUUUGCACUGUGCUCUGGAAUCCAGAAAGCAGCCAAAGAUAUGGACACAGAACCUCAGCUCAUUAGGACUUGGCUUCAAGACAAAGAGAAAAGACUAGACUGUGAGGGUCUAGGCAGUAGCAGCGGAGAGGCUGUGGAGCGUUUGGUGGAGUGGGUACUAGUCCAGCGGGAGCAGCAGCAUCCUAUCAGAGAGGAGAACCUGUUUCAAAAAGCUUCUGAGGUUCACAGUCACACUAAUCAAAGCAGUUCCUUCCGUAUUUCAUAUGAGUGGGCAGUGACCUUUAUGCUGCAGCACAAGCUGGGCUUGCACAAUAUUGGCAUGCCUGGUCAUCAGCUACCACGCAGAAUGGAGGAACAUUGCCAAGAUUUCACAGGGUUUGUACAUAGACAGAUUAAAACACACAAUGUUCCACUUUCUCUUGUUGGUGCUAUGGAUGAGCUUUCAAUUUUUGUUGACUUUGACCGACUUGUCGAUAGUACAGGGACUUCUAAAGACUCAGCAUUCCAAUUAGAGGGCACCGGGAAACCAUGGAUGAACAUUUACCUGUCAGUGCUGGCAGAUGGUACAAUGUUGCCUACAAUGGUGUUUAUUAAAGGCACCUCUUUAGAUGGUUUUAGCAAAGGGCUGUCAGACUUAGUUCAACUUGAAGCGAGAGUUGAAGGUUUUUCAGAAAAAGAAGAACUAGAGAUCUGGACUGCUAAUGUAUGGCAGCAGUAUUUAAACUCUCAGAAUGGGAAUAAGGCCAUGCUAGUUAUUGAUGGCCAUCAUAGCCACAUGACAGAAGACUUCCUAUCCACCUUAAGUAGAACCCAGACCUUACCUAUGGUUAUUCCAUCUGGGUGCAGCAGCCAACGACAGCCUUUGGAAAUGUGUGUGUGCCCUGUGCUGAAAAAGUUCUUGCUGUGUCGCUGGUCUCAUUUGGCAACCCAAAACAGGAUAGCUGAGGUGAAGCCUGAAGACCUGGUUCAACUUCUUAUGUCCUGGUUAGAGGAGGCCUUGGCUUGUUGUUCUGGCAGGCCUCAAAUAAUUCAGCGCUCAUUCUGCUUCUCCAGACUGAUCACAGAACAUGAAGAAUGUCAAAAGGAGGCUAAUGCUCAGUUGAAACUUUUGAAUAUGUUGACAGAAGCCAUGCUUGGACCUGAGGCAAUAGAUUCUGAGUCAAAGGAUGAGUCCAUGGAGAAACAUGCCGAAAGCAUCCUGGAUAAAAAAGAAAAUGUAAUCAGUGAAAAUAAAAGCAGUGUUGAACAGGCAGAGAGAGAAUUACUUGAAGAAACAGAAGAUAACAGCAGAGCAGAGAGCAAGAGAAUUGAGACAAGACAAGAACGACAAGCACAGGCAAUGGUGAAAGAAGGAUUAGAGGUGCCAAGUGAGACUUCAGAGAGGUGUUCUCCCCUUCUUCUAGAUGACUCCUCACAAUCACAAGCCGUACUCCAUGUUAUUGAGAAAGAGGAGCUUUUAGAACACUGUCAGGACCUUGAGACAAAACGAACAGAUGCUGGAUCCAACUGUUAAUUUGUUACAGAAAUUUGAAAGAAAGGGGGAAUAUGGGCAGUACAUAUUUAAUGUCUAAUUAUGACUAAAUUCAUUAUCCUGAGGUGAAAUUGUGUCUUAAAAACCUCAAACCUAAUUUUAUUGCAUAAGACUAAAGAUGAUGAGAGGUGAUGACCUUUUUUUAAACUAUUUGUACUUUCUCCCAGAUUCUAACUAUUUUUCAUUUAUGCCUUUGGAUGUGGAUCUCUUGUACAUAAAUGUUUUGUUUCAUCCACCCAAGUAAACAUGGAUGUCUUCACCCUUA